CAAGAGAGCAGAACUCAGGGUUCAAAACUAAUCCAUCCCUCACAAGGAAAGCAGGAUCCAAGUGGAGCUGAAUCAUGGCAGCCAUAGUGGAAACAAUUUCAUCACCUUCGCCCACUUCGCCCACUUCAGGGGGUUUUUCAUUACAGCUUGAUGAUUUAGACUUAAAUCCACGGCUUCUCAAGGAGUCAGCUGGUAAAGAAUCUUGUUGCAUCUUCAGAGUCCCUGAACGCUUCGCAGAAGUCAACCCCGAAGCCUACAAGCCCAAAGUUGUUUCAAUUGGUCCUUACCAUUACGGAGAAAAGCACCUCCAAAUGAUUCAAGAGCACAAGCCUCGGUUCCUGAAGCUUUUCCUAGAUAAGGCAAGAGGGAAGGGAGUGGAAAAAAACGUCUUGUUUAAGGCCGUAAUGGAUUUGAAAGAAACUAUUACGAGUUCUUAUUCCGAGGAUCUUCGGCAUAUUUCAUCGGAACUAGUGCAUAUAAUGAUUCUGGAUGGGUGCUUCAUUCUCAUGUUGUUGCUUAUCGAGUCAAGAGUUAUUGACUUUGAUAAGAAAGAGGAUCCAAUUUUCACGAUCCCGUGGAUUCUCCCGUCUAUUAAGAGUGAUCUUCUCUUCUUGGAAAAUCAGGUUCCUUUCACUGUUCUUAAAACUCUAUUAGAAAGAUCAAAGAUAGAUAUCUCUGGUGACGUAAACAGGAUGGUGUAUCCUUUCUUCAACUCCUCAAUAGAUAUACCAGAAAAGAAGCGUUUGAGCCAAACAAUCUUCGAGGCAAAACAUCUUCUUGACCUCAUUCGUAUGACCUUCGUACCUACUAGAGGAUCUAAGGGUAAAUUUGAAGAUUUUAAACUCAAGAAGGAUGGAUCUCCAAUUAAAUCAUCCUCAGAAUUUUCUAUGAUAUUGUCGGCUACCGUACUUUACCGCCAACGGAUAACGUUCAGCCUAAAGAGAGAUGCAGAUUCGGUAUUAGAUAUAAGUUUAAAGAAGAACAGACUUCAGAUACCAUUGCUAAGAUUGGAUGGAUUCAUAAGCGCACUCUUCCUCAACUGUGUCGCCUAUGAACAGUUUUACACAAAGGGUACAAACGACAUAACAAGCUACGUGAUUUUCAUGGGAUGCCUUCUAAAACGCGAGGAAGAUGCAGUUUUGUUGAGCGACGACAACCGGAUCAUAGAGAACUACUUUGGCAGCGACAAUGAGGUAUCCCAGUUCUUCAAAAAUAUCUGUAAAGAUGUUGUAUUUGACAUAAGUCGAAGUUAUUUACGGGAUGUGUUUGAGGGAGUUAACAAGUACACCUCAACAUGGUACUCACGGUAUAUGGCACAAGUGGUUUACUCUCAUCCCCUUUCGUUUGUGUGUUAUUUCUAACCUUCUUCAGCUCAUUGCUGCGACUGUUUACUUCUUUGGCAACUAACAGAAGUCACAGAAUCGUUUGGACUUCAGGCAAAGCAAAUAUGCUCGAGCUUACGUAGAAACAAUGAAGACAACGGACAGUCUUCCUUAUCUUAUUCAAACCUCGUCG